AUGGAGACUUCAUCAGACAAGGUCAUCAUCAACAACCCGGCAGACAUCAUCAUCAUCGUCGUAUAUUUCAUCGUGGUCAUCGGUGUCGGCAUUUGGUCCAUGACUCGGACCAAUCGUGGGACAGUUGGAGGAUAUUUCCUGGCAGGGCGGACCAUGACCUGGUGGCCGGUUGGUGCAUCUUUGUUUGCCAGCAACAUUGGUAGUGGUCAUUUUGUGGGCUUGGCUGGCACCGGGGCGGCUAGCGGCAUCGCUGUGGGAGGAUUUGAAUGGAAUGCUCUCUUCAUCGUGCUGCUGCUAGGCUGGCUGUUUGUACCCGUCUACCUCACAGCUGGGGUGAUCACAAUGCCCCAGUACCUAAAGAAGAGGUUCGGAGGGACCAGAAUCAGCCUCUACCUCUCCAUCAUCUCCCUGUUCCUCUACAUUUUCACCAAGAUCUCAGUGGAUAUGUUUUCAGGAGCCGUGUUUAUCCAGCAGGCGUUAGGGUGGAACAUCUAUGUGGCUGUCAUCGCCCUGCUAUUAAUCACAGCCCUGUACACUGUGACAGGUGGUCUGGCCGCUCUGAUGUUCACAGACACAGUUCAGACCUUUGUCAUCAUCGCUGGAGCCUUCGUCCUAACUGGCUUUUCCUUUGCUGAAGUAGGAGGCUACAACGCUCUGCUGGAAAAAUACAGCUCUGCCUUGCCAACUAACUUCACCUCCCUGGACCCCGAACGCUACAACAUCACCCCCCAAUGCUACACCCCCAGACAGGACGCCUUCAGCCUGCUGAGGGACCCCACCACAGGGGAUCUGCCCUGGCCUGGGGUACUGUUUGGGAUCGCUAUAGUCGGAGGCUGGUACUGGUGCACGGAUCAGGUGAUAGUCCAGCGGUGCCUCGCAGCUCGUAGUCUGACCCACGUGAAGGCCGGCUGCAUCAUGUGUGGCUACCUCAAACUGCUGCCGAUGUUCCUCAUGGUGUUCCCCGGCAUGAUCAGCAGGGUCCUCUACCCAGAUGAGGUUGGCUGUGUGGUCCCUGAAGAGUGUAAGAGGGUGUGUGGGACUGAGGUGGGCUGUUCCAAUAUUGCUUACCCUAAACUGGUGGUGUCAAUCAUGCCGAAUGGUUUGCGAGGUCUGAUGCUGGCUGUGAUGCUGGCAGCUCUCAUGUCCUCUCUGGCCUCCAUCUUUAACAGCAGCAGCACCCUCUUCACCAUGGACAUCUGGACCCGCAUCAGGCCACAGGCCAACGAGCGUGAACUCAUUAUCGUAGGCAGAGUUUGGGUGCUGUGCAUCGUCGCCAUCAGUAUCUGCUGGAUCCCAGUUGUCCAGGCAGCCCAGAGUGGUCAGCUGUUUGAUUACAUCCAGUCAGUGUCCAGCUACCUGGCUCCCCCUAUCGCCUCGGUCUUCCUCCUGGCUGUGUUUGUCAAGCGGGUGAACGAAAAGGGUGCAUUCUGGGGCCUGAUAGGAGGCCUUAUGAUGGGUCUGUGUCGGAUGUUGCCAGAGUUCUGGUUCGGUACUGGCAGCUGUAUUUUCCCCUCUAACUGUCCUUUCUUGGUGUGUGGGAUCCACUAUCUACACUUUGGGAUCAUACUCUUCUUCUGUACGUCAGUGCUGGUACUGCUGGUCAGCCACUGCACCGAGCCCAUAGAGGAUCAACAUCUCCAUCGUCUGGUGUUUAGCUUGCGUCAUUCCAAAGAAGAGAGGAAGGAUUUGGACUGGGAGCAAGAGGAGAAAGCGAGGAACGCCCAGAGAGAGGCUGCUGAGAGGAAGAAAAAGAACAACAGUAAUGAUGCAGAUACCGAGGAGCAAGAAAAAUCUGGUAUCUGCCACCAGAUUGGCCGGUUCUGUGGCGGGGGCAACUCCCAGGCCCCCGAGGAAGAAGAGCCUGAGCAGACGGAGCAGCUUCCCGACAUCAGCGAGGAGCCUUUGUGGAAGUACAUCGUGGAUGCCAAUGCUCUCAUCAUGAUGGCUGUAGCAGUAUUUAUGUGGGGUUACUAUGCUUGACAGUCUUAUCUGGAAGUGGAUUUGUUUCAAUUUGAGUUGUAAAAAGUGAUUAAUCACUUUGUGUAAUAGAUAAAUACACCAGUGCUGUCAUCUGUUGGAAAUGAUCCAUCACUACACUUAAAGUAAUUUCCAUCUUUUCAGUCUCAAAAGGGUUAACUAAGCAUUAGUUCACACUACCAAGUCUCACUUGUUUUCUGUAGAGCACAAUAGGCGGUGCUCAGUCACCACCAUUUGUCCAGUUUUGAAGAGCCUGUCUACUGCAGAGUGUGAGACUGUGCUGUUAUCAGGUUAGAAUGCCAUUACUGUAUACUGUUACACGUUGAUUAAAUCACCAGUCAAUCUUUCCCCUGCUUCCAGCACUCACACAGGUGUG